UUUGUUCAUUUGCUAAGCUGUUGAAACAUUCUACAUCCGAACCGCCACUUUGUUUCCACGCAUUGUUGCAGCAAGUUUAUUGAAGCGAGAUGGGUGUUCGAGGCAACAAAAAACAUUUGAAGAGGUUAAAUGCUCCGAAGCAUUGGAUGUUGGAUAAGCUGGGGGGCAAUUUCGCUCCUAGACCCAGCACAGGUCCACACAAAUUGAGAGAAUGUUUGCCACUCAGCAUAUUCUUGCGAAACCGUCUCAAAUAUGCACUAACUUACACAGAAUGUACAAAGAUACUGGCCCAGCGUCUGGUUAAAGUUGAUGGCAGAGUGCGCACUGAUAAAAAGUACCCCGCUGGAUUCAUGGAUGUAAUCACCAUUGAAAAAACGAACGAGCAUUUUCGACUUAUUUACGACACGAAAGGCAGGUUCGCCAUUCAGCGUAUACAUCCUGACGAGGCCAAAUACAAGCUUUGCAAGGUAAGAAAAGUUCUUGUUGGUCAUGGAGGAGUACCUUACAUCGUAACUCAUGAUGCGAGAACCAUUCGGUAUCCAGACCCUAAUAUCAAGCCUAAUGAUACAAUUCAAGUUGACAUCGCCACUGGAAAGGUUCUAAACCACAUCAAAUUCGAACCAGGUAAUGAUGUUCUUACCUCAAUGAUUCUGUAGGUAAUAUGUGUAUGGUAACCGGUGGACGCAAUUUGGGACGAGUUGGAACUAUUACUCAGUGGGAGCGCCAUCCUGGUUCAGUCGAAAUGGUCCAUGUACGUGACAGCACAGGACAUCAGUUUGUCACCCGUCUUAACAAUAUUUUCAUCAUCGGAAAGUCCAACAAACCGUGGAUUUCUCUGCCAAAGAGUCGAGGUAUCAGAUUGUCCAUUAUUGAAGAGCGAGAUAAGCGAAUUCGAGCACGACGUCUUGCACACUAAUUUUUGAAUACAUUUAGUACGG